UUUAUUAGUUCUGUCUGACCGGUGUUGACGAGAGCCGGUGUUUCAGAGUUACAUUUGCUGUGGAGAGAUAACGUCUGGCAGAGCUGGAGAAUAUAACUAAAACAAUGUUGAAAGUAGCUGUGUUCAUUGGUUGUGUUGCCAUGGUUCUCUCUGACAGCCAACAGCCGCUGUCUGGCGACGCCAGCAUCAACGUACUGAGGACCAUCAGACGUCUCAAGACAAUACAGAGAAGAAGCAUGGACCACCCGUCUCAAACACUCAAACAGAGGAAGGCCACGGACGGCAUCUUGACGUGCAACUCCUGUUCCUUCUCCAGCGAAACCAACAACUGUGUGUACGUGGAUGAAGUGUGUGCCCCCGGGCAAAUCUGCGCAGACAUCUGGCGCAUUGAGGGCAGAAACAGGAACUAUAAUGGUUGCAUCAACCCUAAACUGUGUGCCAUGAUCAAAGAGGCCAAGGACACCUCGUACGUGAUGGUGUCUUGCUGCCUUACCGAUCUCUGUAACUGGUAAAGAAGACUGCCACACACUCCCUUGCACAGUAGAGUAAUGGUCGGUGGUGUAGGCGAAAUGUUUUACAGCACUGUCGAUUAUAGACGGUGUCUUCGAUCCUUUUAAAUGUUUUAUGCGUCAUGUGAUGGUGAGCAUUAUACAAAUACCAGUGUAGCUAUAGACAUACGUCAAGUAAACUUGGGAUACCUGGCCAUUUAUGACGUUACUAUUGGGAUACCUGGUCACGUUGGGCGUUCCUAUUGGGAUACUUGGCCAUGUAUGAUGUCACUAUUGGGAUACCUGAUCACGAUGGGCGUUCCUAUUGGGUUACUAGUGUAUGAUGUCACUAUUGGGUUACUUGGCCAUGUAUGAUGUCACUAUUGGGAUACCUGGCCAUGUAUGAUGUCACUAUUGGGUUACCUAGCAACAUAUGACGUGACUAUUGGGGUACCUGGUCAUGUUUGACGUUGAUGUUUCCAGUUAUACAUAUUGCCCAUAUAACUAUAUAUUUAAUCUGCUACCAAUAUGUAAUGAUAUUUUAUCUCAGUCAACUGGUUAAUCUAGAACAGCGCUGGCUGAAAAAUAUAACUGGAAGUAUAAAGACGAUUCAUGUAUUUCGUCACAUUGAAAUGUACAUCCAGAUGAUCAUAUUCUAGCGAGAUUAUUGUUUUCUUGUUGAAAUAUUAAAUUACUUCUCUUAA